CGGAGCCGUCUUCCCUCCGAAGCGCUCCAGAUGUUGGUCCAGCUGCGGACGGCGCUCCAGCAAGCCGGGAAGAAGAUGUGCGAAGGCAGCCUGCCCAAACUGGAAGCCAACAUCUUGGUCAUCGGAGCCGAAAAGGUGGGGAAAUCCGCCUUGACGGUCCGUUUUCUGACCCGAAGAUUUAUUGGUGAAUAUGGGGAUAUAGAAUCAAUUUACACGCACAGGGUGAUGAUGGCGGGCCGGGAGGCUUGUUUCAGCAUCUGGGACUCUGUCUGCCCACAGAGGGCCGGCCUCCAGGGCGGUCUGGACGAGAAGCGGCUCCGAUGGGCGGACGGGUUCCUCGUGGUCUACAGCAUCUCGGACCGCGCCAGCUUCCACGUGGCCCGCCAGCAGCUCCAGUGGAUCCAGCAGCUGAAGAGGAAAAGCGGGGCUCGGAAGGUGCCCGUGAUCCUGGUCGGCAACAAGCGGGACCUGCAGCACCGACGGGCCGUCUCGAGCGAAGAAGGCCGGCUCUUGGCCCUUUCCACCGACGCGGGCUUCUUUGAGGUCUCCGUGGCCGAGACCUACCACGGGGCCUUGGUGGUCUUCCACGAACUCCUCGGCCUGGUCCGGGACUCCAGGAGCGCCACCAGGAAGGCGGCAGGCCUCCGAGGGAUCGUACGCAGCAUGUCCGCCGUCUUCGGGAGGAGACGGACGGAAUGAGGAACGCUGGAGAAACCUCGGAGCAAAGACGGACCCCGGAGAACGACACACAAGAUGGGGAGGUGGCCAUGAGGCUGGGCCUCCUGUCCUCCUUACGAAAGAUCAGCUGGGGUGACCAUAGGAGGAAAGACAGUGUGUUAAAAUUGGACAUAUUUGAAGCUCAGGACCGCUGUAAACGUAAUUCUCUGUUUACCACAGAGGACAAUAAACUGGAUAAUGGCUGCUUUUCCUCUAGCCGCCUAAGGUGACAUCUCUGGAAAACCACGGGUUUGCAGCUCCAAACCAGUAUUAUCAGGGUGUUGCGCUGCAAGACUUGAAGUCUGAACAACGAGGGUGCUUUGGAGCGCAUGCAGAGUGCUGUUCUUCAGAGGAGCCUCUGAAAGGAAGAUUUUCCCCUUUGCUGGGAAAUUUGUUUUUUUAUUUUUUGGGGGAGAGGGUGGAAAUAAUAUGCCAUUAAAAAAAAAAUUUAAAUAUGGAAGGCAAUACCAUAUUACUGUGAAGCCUUUCACAGGCUCUCCAUGGGGUGGAGAAAUGACUAGGCUGAUUGGGGGGGAAAAAUAGCAGGACUCCAUUGAUCUUAUGUCAGUUAAGUGCAAGAACCCAGCCGAAUCUGAUAGAGCGCUGCAACGCUGCAGCGCGGCCCAUGGAGUGUGCUCUUUAAUUAAGUGCUCAAAGGCAGCCACUUGAGAAGGAGCAGUUUUGAUGCACGAGGCGAGCGGAAAGCUGCCGAGGUGGUUUCUGAUCUUGGUUGCAUAAUGUAUAAUUCCCUUUUUAUAAGAGGCAUGAACAGUGCCUGUAAAGCUAGAGACGGCAAAUUUCCAGAACAAUGUAUAGCUAGCGGAAGGGAGGAGAAGGAGAAAAUGUUAAUCUGUACUCUCUUUGGGAAAGAAAA